AUGAUUGCGACGAUUCUAUAUAUUAUAUUUGUUGACGAUGUUUUGGGAAUGGCGGGGUCGCCCAGCAGCGGCGCGAUCGACACGUCGAUUAUUACCGUCAAGAUUUGCAUCAUGUUGUAUUUUAUAGUCGAUGUGGUAUUUUGCAUUGUUUUGUAUGGCAGGCGGUACUACCCCGGCACCAUUGUAUUUUGGCUCGACCUUUUUAGUCUGCUGUCGAUCGUGCCCGACAUUGUCGUGUUUUUCCUCGACGACUCGUUGGCGCACGAGAUGAUGGUGCUGUCAAUUGGCACGGCGGCGCGUAUCAUUCGCAUCUGCGGCAGCUUUGUCCGUAUCUCUCUUAUCGCAACCAUAUAUAACCGUUUCCUGCGCAAAAAGUAUUACCUCGCGCCUAUUAGCACUAGCGGGACCACGCCGGGCAUCACCACGCCCAACCAUUCUGGCGCCAACGACAAUACAUUAGAGGUUGAGGCCAGUCGGCUGGGCGACAAACUAAUCCGACUGACCACCAACAAGAUUGUUUUGCUGGUGCUGUUGGUGUUUUUUGCAACACAAUUGCUCACCUAUCAACCACCACGCGAUGUAUAUAUUCACUCUGCACUCUCCACACUCGAAUACCAAGCCGAUCGAUUUGGAACCACUUCGCCAGAAUUUCUCGGACUUUACCAACAAUUUUUAAUCAACAACGCAGACACGAUGACCAGUCUCAUCGUCAGCUCGCAUGUACUCUAUAUCAACCAGGACCGAAUAGACUCGCUCCAACGGUCGGCUGUCUCGUCUUACUAUUACGCCAACUCAUCCAUUUCAAUGGAUGACUCUGCACUCAUCAAAAAAUCGUCGGCCUAUCAUUUUGCACUCACCUGUUUUGUCAUCCUCAUACUUAUUAUUGUCAAUUUGUUGAUUGUCAAUGAUGCACAUUGGUUGGUCAUCAACCCGCUCGAGAAUGUAUUGGCCAUUGUCAAACUCUUGUCGCGACAAAACGCAUCGAUUCAACAUUCGCAUCAUCAGUAUGCCAUGCACACAGCCAAUGGUGUCAUCACCUCUGGACACACUUCAUUCAGACAGAAACGUCUAGAGUCGGUCGGUAGCAAGAGCGAGGAUACCACAAGCAGUAGUGGUGUAGAUGGAGACGAGGUUGACGAGACCGACGAAGCAAAUUACCUCCUCGGUAUGUUGAAUGACAUUGACGGUAGUUUACAAGCUGCCAAAGAAAAAGUUGAAGAAGAAUCAUAUCAAAAUGCAAAAUUAAGAAAUCAUAUAGAAGAUUUAUUCUUGGAGAAAUUCAUUUUAAAUAUUCAUUUAAAUUCAAUAACAAGAAAGAUAGAAUUUGAUGAUAUAUUGGGUAAAUCAUUAAAAAAGAAACAAGAAAUGUUGGCAUUGAAUAUUAAACCAUUGGCAGAUGGAAUCAACUCGGAUGAAAUUAAAUAUAAACAAGAGUUGGAAUCAACCAAUCCAACUAUUAUUUGUGCCAAUUUGGAGAGAUUGAUUGAUCGUUUGUCAAAGGUUGACAAUCAUGAUAUCAAGUUUGCCAAUGUAUUCUUGUUGACAUUUAGAAGAUUCAUUUCACCGAUUGAAUUGAUGGAACGUCUCAUCAUUCGAUUCUGUAUCACACCACAAUACGACCUGCCAAACAAUGUACUGGCACUCAACGAAACCGUCGAUGAUUGGCGUCGAACCAAACAAGAACAUUUCCGUGUCUCGGUGUUUAAUGUCAUCAAGUUGUGGAUUGGCAAAUAUUAUUGGGACUUCCAAUCAAACACUACGCUAGUCGAACUAUUCAACAUGUUGGUACAACAGAUCAUGCCAUCGUGUAGAAUGGAGCGUUAUGCACUCCACUUGGACACUUUGUUCAAGAGAAAGGUUGCCAGCUAUGUGCCACUACUCGACUACCAACCCAUCAAACCUCUGACGAGCGAAGAGAUUGCCGAGUUGAUGGUAUUGGAAGACAAGUUUUUAUUCAACUUUGAUAUUAUCGAUGUGGCCACUCAAAUCACACUCAUCGAGUUUGAAUUGUUCAAGUCGAUUCGUCCACAAGAACUCAUUGACCUUGCAUGGACCAAGUCAAAGACCAAGACCAAGACGAGUCCAAACGUCGUCCGUUUCAUCGACCAUUUUAACAAUGUCAGUUUCUGGAUCCAAAUGCAGAUUGUCAAGUGUGGCAAAAUCAAGGAUCGUGUCAAUGUCAUCAAGCGUGUCAUUCAGCUCGGUGAAUCAUUUGUAAAUUUGAACAACUUUUAUGGUGCCAUGGAGGUACUUUCUUCACUCGAAUCGGCAUCCGUCUCUAGACUCCAUCGUACAUGGGACUUGGUUCCAGUCAGUUCCAAGGAAACAUUCCAACAACUCCAAAAACUACUCUCACCAAAGGGAUCUUUCAAAGAGUAUAGAGAACGUUUGAAACAGACAACAUCGGCCUGUAUUCCAUACCUUGGUAUCUAUCUAUCCGAUCUCACCUUUAUCGAAGAAGGUAAUCCAGACUACCGUGAAGACACCCUCAUCAACUACACCAAGCUUCGUGAAAUCGCUGCCACCAUCCUCUCGAUCCAACAAUUCCAAAAUACUCUUCACUAUUACCAACCUAUCAAGGAAAAGAUUAGAAGUCAACUUGACCUCAAAUGUAUUAUGGAUAAUGAAACUAUUUGGAAAAUGUCUCUAAGUUGUGAAGCUAGAAGAACUUAA